AUGUGCCACUUUCAGGUCUCUUCACACUGCUGUUGUGUUGAAUUUUUUGACAUAGGGUGCUGGCAGAUUACGGGCCUCCCAUAGCUGCUGCCAGGCCCCUAAUCUGCCAUGGGCCCCUAUAUACCGCCUCCUCAUGCUGCUGCCAAGUCCAGAGUCUCUCAUGGGUCCCUGUACGGCCUCCCAUUGCUGCUGUCUCCAUCGCCACACUCUGCCAUGUGCCACUUUCAGGUCUCCUCACACUCCUGCUGGUUUCCAUUUUGUCAUAGGUUGCUGUAUGGCCUCCCAUGCUGCUGCCUCCACCGCCACACUGUGGCUCCAAACACUGGUUUUGGCCCCGUGACUGGCCAAAUGAGUGAAGUGUGCGGUGAUUCUAAGAUCGACGGCACUCAUCUGCAUGUCAUACUGACUGACAGUAUUAUUUCUCUUCCCCAGCAGACUCCAAGGGCAUUUAAAUUAAAGGUACAGUGCUCUGCACUAAUAUUA